AGUUUCUUGCAACAAAAGAAACCACACAAAGAACAAACAUACUUGCAAACACCAAAUCGAUCAAUCAAUCAAUCAGUUCUGAACAAAUUAUGGAUCCGAAGCUAACCGAGGUCUCACAGCUCUUCGAUCGAUUCAAAGCUGUAUUUGUACGUAAUGAUUUCGAUACUUGUUUCAGACUUUUAUCUCAACUCAAGAUUUUGUUGAUAGAGUUUAAGAGUCUUCCUCCAUUGUUUGCUGAAACUCCUAAUGCAAUUCAAGAGUUAACUCUAGCAAGGGAUGUCUAUGAGCACGCGGUUGUGCUCAGUGUUAAAACGGAAGAUCAAGAUGCGUUCGAGAGAGAUUUCUUUCAGCUCAAGCCUUACUAUUCAGAUGUCGGUGGUCGUCUCCCACAAUCCCCGCAGGAGUACCCGAUUUUGGGUCUUAACCUUUUGCGACUACUAGUACAGAACCGAAUCGCUGAGUUUCACACCGAAUUAGAGUUGCUUCCCGUCACUGCUCUUGAAAACCCUUGUAUCAAACAUGCAGUGGAGCUUGAGCAAUCGUUUAUGGAAGGUGCUUACAACCGCGUAUUGACUGCUAGACAGACCGUACCCCAUGAAACCUACGUUUAUUUCAUGGACUUGUUGGCAAGGACAGUCAGGGAUGAGAUUGCAGGGUGUAGUGAGAAGGCGUAUGAUUCUCUUACGGUCAAAGAUGCGCGUCAAAUGCUAUUGCUUUCUUCGGACCAAGAACUUUUUGAAUACAUUAAAGAGGAGCAUCCUGAUUGGGAGGUGAAGAAUGGAUUGGUGGUAUUUCAGAAGGCAAAAGAAGCUGGACCAUGCAAAGAGAUUCCGUCUCUGCAGCUCAUAAACCAGACUCUGAGCUACGCGAGGGAGUUGGAGCGCAUUGUUUGAUCCGUCCCCUUGAAUCAUCGAAUGUUUCUUGAUUUUGAAAAACUUGUUAUUUGGAUUCUGAAACUAAUUCCUUGACUCCUUGUUCCAUGGACUGUUUUGUAGUUUACACUUGAUCCCAUUUGUAUUUGGUCAAUUAAAACUAGAAUUCGGUUUUGAUCCGGAAUUUGAAGUUUCAACUUUCAGCCA